ACACCGCACAGUCGUGCUUCGCCUCUCGGAACGAAGGUUAUUCUUAUAAUGAUACCGUCGCCGGACUAUCGAUAAAGUGUGUUUGUAUGCCGUUUUCAUCGAUAACUAGUGUUGUGAUUACUUUCACUCGUGCGAAUGUCUCGUUUCUUAACGUUUUGUUUGUUUUUUCAUUUUAAUAAUUGCCGCAUGGGUCGGCGCUUACGUUUCAGUUAAACCUUUAUUUUGAAACGAUGGAACGUAGUUCUUAUGGUUUUUACACUAAAAGGACGGAAAUAAUAGAUAGUAUUAAAAAAAAGGAACAAGAAAAAGAACAGACUCACACAUCAAGUUAUCAACAACAUUUAUCAAAAUCUGGAGAUAAACAUAAUUCUGAUAAGCAAAUUACAAAUGCACCAGUAACCCAGCAUGUGCCCGUACAGAUACUUAGCCAACCACAUGGAUCUGGCUCAGCCAUCCAUUCAAACCAUUCAAAAGAAGAUUCCAAAGAUAAAACACUAAAAGUGGCCAAUUCAACAACCAUAACAUUAAUAGAAAACGGUGCAACCGCUGCUGAAAAGGAUAAAGAUAAUAAUAAUUAUCCCAAAAACUAUUUUUCAUUAGAACCCAAGAAUGAUAAAAAGGAUGAAAAUAAUAAGAACAGUAUAACAAUAACUAGAACUAAAUCAAAGAAUUCCCCAGGUAGUGGGCAAUCUGAAAAAACUAAGAGCCAAUCUAAGGUAACAAAGAGACCUCUGCAAUGUUUGGAGACACUCGCAGAGAAAGCAGGAAUCACUUUUGAGGACAAAUACGAGGCUGCCAAUACACUUCUAGCGUUAGACAAACAAAACAACCCUUACAGGAGACCAGAGUUGAAGCAGCCAAAACUAGAACCUGAUACUCAGCAAUCUACUGAGGAGUAUAGAUAUAGGAACACAAAAGAGGAUGAUGAUAAGUUGCAGAUACAGCAGCAAUUAAUCCAACAGCAGCAACAACAGUUGCAUCAGUUGCAACAACAACAAUUGCAACAACAACUGCAACAAUUCCAACAACAAGCGCUGCAGAGACAGCACCACGCCAUACAACAACAUCUAAAGAAUCAACAAGAUCAAGAACUGAUGCAGAAACAAUACCAACAGCAGCAGCAACAACAACAGCAACAACAACAGCAACAACAACAACAACAACAACAACAGCAACAGCAACAACAACAACCGCAGCAGCAACAACAAUCAGCGCAGAAACCUGACGUACAAGUGACUCCGCAGCAAGAUAUAUCUCAAAAGUUCUUACAGCCCGUGCACACCCAACAAUUCAACGUACCUGGAAUAGGAGAGAUCAAUCUAAGCUUUCUGCCGUCUCCUCAAACCAAUUUGUUCUUCGAGAAGAACAAGGCUACCAUACAUACGGAUAUAAAACAACAACACUUAGUAGAGGGUCAGGGUCAGUCUCAGGUAGUACAACAGCAGAUUAGCAUGGCCCAGCACGAGCCUACACAACAGCACCACCAAACGGUCACCGUUGUGUCUUCCAUGCCUAGCAGCAUGGCACACCAGGUGCCGCAACAACCCCAGACCAGCGGGAUACAGCAGCAAGCCAGUGGUAUCACUACCAUGCCACCAUUGCCGAGCCUGCCGGCGACCACGGCCCAUCCUCAACAACUUAGCACGGACUGGGGCGGUCGCGUGCAAGUGAUACAGCAGCCGUUGCAGAAUAGCAGCUAUCUUCAACAACUCUACAAUGCUCAAACACCACUCCUCAUGCCGGGGAACAUCGCUCUGCAUCCAGGCUUAAACUCUCAGCCGAUACAGGUAAUAACGGCCGGUAAGCCAUUCCAAGGGAACCAACUGGCGCCGCACAUGCUCACCACUCAAGGAAAACCUGUCUUGCAAGGCCAAACAGCGCCGUUCCCGGGUUAUGCGACUAUUCCAACAACGCAGAACCAAACGUUCGUCUUCAGUCCACUCGGCGUUAUCAACUCGCAGUCCAGCAUCAUACCGACGCACUCACAGCCCACCGUGUCCGGCAUUGGACAACAACAAAAAACUGCUGAUAUUCAUAAGGUGAUAAGUGGUAGCAAGGUUGCUAGCGCUAAGGUGACAGGUGCAACCGGCAGUGGUCAAACGGUGCCCGUUCAUGCCCAAUGCGUCCAAGUAUCGCAACCGGUGCUCGGAACUCAACAACCAACACAAGCCCAAAUCAUCAGCCCGUUACAGUGUUCGGUGAUUCCCCAGACUGGAGGGCAGACGAUGCAGUUCGCUCCGUGGCAGAUCUCGGGCGCUCUCCCCCAAGUCUGGACCGGGGGACUGCAGGCGGGGACUUUGCCCACCGGGGGACUCCUCGCCCCCAACCCAAUAUUCAUAAGGGGCACCCAACCAGAGGCGACCCCAUCAAUGUUUAUUCAACAUUCGCCUCAGAAUAACGUUCAACAAAACAACACGAGCGUGGCCGCCACUGCGACUACGGCGAAGCCCCGGGCAUCAUCCGAUGGGGCUACGAAGGCUGCUCGUCCGCUGUCUAACAUCUUACCAUCGGGAGGAAUUAGACCUGCCUCUUCGGUCUCCACGCAGACUGGCACAAAUCAGUCUCAAAGCCAGGGUAAGCACCGAGGCAAGCAAGGCGUUCGUUCACCGGCGCCUUCUUCCAAACAAGAUGCAGCCAAUCAAACCGCUAACAAAAUGCAACAACAUAAGCAAUCCCUUCUGGUGAUGAACUCCAAUGGCCAGAUGACACAAGUCACGAACAUUCAAGAGAAAGCGACCACAAAGAAUCUGCAGCAACAAGCUAUAAUGCAACAAGCCAUACAGCAGCAGCAGCAACUGUUGCAGCAACAGCAACAAACUCAACAGAUGGUCCAACAUUAUCAGCAAGCGAUGACUCUGAACAUGCCACAAGGAUCGCUGCCGGUAGGUUCUGUUGCCCAGACAUUACCGAUGACUGGGUUACCCCAGAUAUCCAUGGUACCACAAAUACAUCAGCUUGGUGGUAUGAAUCAAUCGGGAACCAUUGUGAGCCAGCUUAAUACAAAUCAAAGCAACCAGAAUACACCAAUAGCUCAAGUCCAAACAUUACAGCAGCCACAGACGCUGGUAGGAGGAAACUUAGUCCAAACUUCAGUGGGGAUGCCAAUACAGCCUCAGGGUAGUACCCACACAACUCCCAUGCAAACGGUGUCUGCAAGUAGCCUGUCGUCGCCUCAACUGAAUGUACAAACUCAAAGCGGCAUGGGCCUGUCUACCACGCCGGUGCAAGGGUCCGUGGCGCCCGUGCAGCCACAGACUUCGCUUCUCAUCCACGUUAAGAAUGAAGAAGAUAAAUCUCAACCGCCCAUUCAGUGGAAAGUGAAUGCUUGCCUCAACUUCGUGCCAAUCAGCUCGGCCUCAAAUUCUGCGGUCGACGACUCAGCGGUGGCGGUGCCGCCGCCAACCAUUUCGGUAAACUCUGAAUAUGUAAACGCUGCUGAAGUUGCUGCUUCGAUGCCGACCAUUGAUGCAACGCCCCCAUCUAAUAUACUAGAAAACUACUUCGCAACAGCUUCUUCAGCUGCUUCAGAAGCUACAUCUGCUUCAGUCUCUUCAAGUUCUUCUUCAUCUUUGUCUAAUGCCAGCAUCCCAAGCACUUCUCAAGUACUCUCCCUUCCGGGAACAACUUCGGUAAGCUCGGCUUCCCCUGCCUAUUCAAGCUCUUCGCCAGUGCAAUCUACGAUGAAUUCAAGUGCUCUGUUCAAGUCGCCCCAAUGUAACCGUCAUAUUGCAUCACCCUCUGGUCAUGAUAAGGGAUUGCCAAAGGCUAUGGUAAAGCCAAAUAUUCUGACUCAUGUGAUCGAAGGCUACGUAAUUCAGGAAGCGGGGGAACCGUUUGCAGUUAACCGGCCUUUCCGUGAUUGGACAACUACAUGUGACAGAGAACAAGAUAAAACUCGUAAUAAUAAGAGAUCGUCGACUACUGAGCCGGAACAAAGCAAAAAGAAGAAAACUGAGGCUCCAGCAACUAGCACUAGCGACGCUGCGGCCCCUGCCGUUGUUGAGAUGGAAGAACCAAUUGCUGGACCCUCAAAGGCGGCUGCUGAUCCUCCCGCUGAGGAACCUGUAGAGAUGGCUCCGCCUGCCAGGGUCGUUAACGCUAACAAGUGGACGGUUGCCGAAGUAUACGAAUUCAUAAGGAAAAUACCAGGAUGUGCGGGCUAUGCUAACGAGUUCUUGGCUCAGGAAGUUGAUGGCGAGGCUUUGCUUCUUAUCAAGGCUGAGCACCUCGUUAUGGCGCUCUCCAUCAAGCUGGGGCCCGCACUCAAGAUUGUCGCCUGCAUCGAUGCUCUGCGCCCGGAGAACGAACAAAACUCUACUGAGUCCGAAUGAGAAUUAAUUUUCAAAAUUAAUCUUGCUGACUUUGAUUAGAGGAAGAUUAAAUUUUCUUAACAGUGGACAAUAGUGAUUAUCAGUGUUUGGUGAAGUGCGCCAUUACGAACUGAUUUAGUUAAGUGGCUUUUAAAAAACUCGCUUGUUUUGUAAUUAUCAGAAAAAAGUAUAUCUUUCUUUGUUCUAAAUUAACACUUAUUAUUGGUCGAUUGCAAUGUACAUAUUUUUGUGUAAUACUUCUAUCGUAAAACGGGGUAAAUAGGAUUAGGCAUGACCCACGGGUCCCAAUUUAACAUGGCUUCACCCCGUUUCACGAUAAUAACAAUUUCCAUGCAUUCUAUAUAAAAUCCAUAAUUUCACCUCGCUACGGCCAUUUUCAUUAAUUAAAAGGAAUCUUCUUGUGUUUGUAAAACUUUUGUCUAUGUUUUUUUUUUAAUUUCUAUUUGUGAAUGACUUUGAUUUACAAAAUAAUAGCACAUUUAAUUGCUUUUUUUCUGGUAAUUUAAAAAUAACCGUUUAUGAAUAGUUAUUAAUAGUUAUUGCGUAUAUUUAAGUAUAGUCUAUGUUUAGUGUCUACCAAAAAAAUAUUAUUUACUCGACACAUUUCAUGGACAUUCUGUUCCAUUAUUUUUAUUAUCAUUUAGUUGAUUACAUUUAUGUCCUAUAUAAUUUAACCAUCGUACUUAUAUUUUGUAUUAUUUGAUUAAUUUUUAACUUAUGUUUGAUGCAAUUCUUUUAAUAAAUUUAUUGUAAAUAUUUAAGCCAUUCUUGUUUCCGAUUGGAUUCAGAAAUAUUAAUGGCUUCUGAUAUGGUUCCCCUUUUUGUUACUUUGUUAAUUUUAAUUUUUUAAAAAAAUGUUUAUGUUUUGUGUAUAUUUUAAGUUUUUUAUCUUUAAGGUAUUACAACAACAUUUGAUUGAUGGUUAUAACGAAAAAAAAUUUAAUAAUUUACGAAAAAACAAUUUUUUGUAAAAAAAAUUUUAACGACUUUUUGUUUAAAUUUCAUUUAUCUCUUUAACGUAUUCGGGCAAUUGUUUAGAUUUUAUCACAUUGAUAUUAAAAGGCACAUAUCGGUGAAGAAAUUCAAAGAUAUUUGUGAAGUCAACCAA